AAAAAAACAUUUACUUUCUACAGAGUGUCUCAUGGAGCUUCCUUUGAUGCUGAUCAGCAGCUACUGGAUCAAGUCAAUGAAUCUCCUUAUUUCCAUUUGAAAGAAGCAGAUCUGAACGACUGUCAGAUUAUUUUGGUGUUCUGUACCAUCAACACUCGCAUAGAGUCUGAUGUGAAGGCUGCCAUGGAAAAAAUCCCAGAAUCCGCUGGUGAUAAACCUGUGAUUCUGGUUGUGAUGCACCACACCAGAGACAUCAACUUUACAACAACACGGAAGAAAUGGAAGGAAAAAUAUGAACGGGUUCAGCUUGAUGUGGAAGUUCUCUUUCACAGGAGUAAGAAAGGUUUACUGACAUGUGAGAAGAACCAAAAAGCAGUUGAAAGAAUAAGAAAAGAAGUGGAGAAAAAAUGGUUGAAAAAGGAGGAGAAGAGUGAUAACCAGAGCGGAAGAGAGAAGGAGAUGAAGCAGGAGGAAGGAGAAACAGAGGAAAGAAUAGAGAUAGGAGGAGGAACAGAGGAGAUGAAGAAGGAGAGAGGAGGAACAGAGGAGAUUAAACGAGACAGAGGAGGAACAGAGGAGAUUACAGAUUUAGGAGGAGGAACAGAGGAGAUUAUGGAUUUAGGAGGAGGAACAGAGGAGAUGAAACAGGAGGGAAGAGUAAAGGAGAAGGGGGGACAUGAGUCCAGCAGGAAGAAGCCCCGGACAGGAACAGCCCUC